AUGAAUGAGUCACGACCGAAGAUCGAUACCUCCAUGCUCGACCUGAAGGAUACGGUCGUGUCGAUCAACCGGGUUACCAAGGUGGUCAAGGGCGGCAAGAACCUGAGCUUCAGCGCGCUGGUCGUCGUUGGCGACGGGUUCGGGCAUGUCGGCUUUGCGGUCGGCAAGGCCAAGGAAGUGCCGUCGGCCAUCAAGAAGGGGAUCGAGGCGGCCAAGAAGACGCUCGUGCGCGUUCCGCUGCAGGGGACGACCAUCCCGCAUACGAUCGUGGGUCGAUUCGGCGCCGGGAGCGUACUGUUGAAGCCGGCGCCCGAGGGGACCGGCAUCAUCGCCGGCGGCGCCGUGCGGGCGGUUGUGGAGGCGGCCGGCAUACACAACAUCCCUGACCAAGUCGCUCGGCUCCGACAACCCGCACAAUGUGGUGCGCGCCACCUUCGUAGGCCUGUCGGAACUGAAGGACCCGGUGACGGUUGCCCGCCUGCGCGGCGUCGAUCUGUCGCUGGUCGGCGGCGAGACGGCGGUGCCGGGGCGGGGGACGGGUGA